AUGGCUUUUACAAACUGUGUUGGUGGUACUGCUAAAUUGAAUACUGGAUUCUCAAUACCUUUGAUUGGGCUUGGUACUUACAAAAUUGUUGGCCAGGAUGCGAUCACUAUGGCUGUUGAUGCUGCUUUGAAAGCUGGCUACCGAUUGUUCGAUACUGCCAAGUACUACGUGAAUGAAUCAGAGUUGGGAAUUGCCUUGCAAGAGCUGCUUCCAAAAUAUAACUUGAAGAGGGAGGAAAUUUUCAUCACUACGAAAUUCUCCCUGGCCGAAAAAAACAAUUCUGAGCACACAAGGAAGAUGGUAGAUGAAUCACUAAAAAAUCUUCGAACCGAGUACCUCGAUUUAGUCCUCAUACAUUAUCCGAAAGCUGAUAUAAGUAAAAACAAUGAUCCACGAAAUCAAGAAAAUCGUAAGGACGCUUACUUGGAACUCGAAAAAUUAAAAGAUGAACACAAAAUACGAUCAAUAGGUGUUUCGAAUUAUGAAAUUAAGCAUAUUAAAGAGAUCCAAAUUUUCGGCCAAAUGAUGCCUUCUGUAAAUCAAGUUGAAUUUCACCCUCAUUUUACUCGCAAAGAGUUAAGAGAUUAUUGCAAAAGUGAGGGGAUAUUUUUCCAGGCUUAUUCUUCACUUGCUAGGAAUCAUCCUGAUCUCAUGUCUGAUUCUACAAUUGCUGAAACAGCAAAAAUACAUAACUCAACACCUCAGCUCGUUUUGUUAGCUUGGGCACUGAGCUUUGGUAUUGGUAUUAUACCAAAGUCAGCAAAUCCGGAACGAGUGAUUGACAACUUCAAGGUAGUUGGUAUGAAGCUGACAAAGGAAGAAAUUGAAAGAAUCACAGAACUAAAUCGGAAUAAGAAUUAUAUAAGAUGUGAUGGCUGGAAUGUGGAUUGA